UAUGACACACGCAUGCGCAUUGAGGUUCACCCUAGUCAGCGGUAUGAGAAAUGGUCCAUGCAAUCCUGGUUCCUUGAGACGUCCCAAAUCCGAGGUUACUCCAUUGAAUUUUACAUUUUAAAUGGUUAAGGUAAGAAUUGAGGUUAUGGUUAAGGUUAGGGAACUGUAGUAGGGGUUAAGGUUAGGGUUUAGGAUAGCGACGUCCCCAAGGUACCCGGGUGGCACUUCCCAGGAAAAAAUGGAAGCACUUUUGAGGCAAGGAGGACAGCAGCCUCUGGAUGCUGCCAACCUCAAAGACCUGAGAGUUGCUCUGAAUGGCAUCUUGGCCAAAGGAAAGACGCUCAAGCUGGAGACUAAGCCUGACUCCCUCCAUCCUGGGUGGAAUGACAGUCAGCGUCAGGGACAAAAAAUGAUGCACCAAGUCACUAGCAGCAGCAAUGACUAUUGCAUGAGUGGCCUUGCAGAGGAAUGUCAACACCCAACCAGCCACUUUGACUUAUGUAGCUCGCAAUCCAACAAAUUCUACCCUUCGCCCCCACCCCCUACUCUACAGCUACCCCACCCAAACCUGCACAAGCCCAUGCCCUGUCAAAUGCAACAAGAGACCCAGAAUGAGUUCCACCCUCAGGCAGUGAGGAUCCAAGGGCCCGGUGAGGCUCCAACUGGGCCAGAGAGCUCCAAGAAAAAGAAAGGAAGUGUCGUCAAGUCCGGCCGUAGAGGGAGACCCUCGGGGACCACUAAGUCAGCCGGUUACCGGACAAGCACCGGACGUCCGUUGGGGACCACGAAAGCUGCGGGGUUCAAGACCAGUCCCGGCAGGCCCUUGGGUACGACCAAAGCGGCGGGCUACAAGGUUAGCCCUGGCAGGCCUCCUGGUAGCAUCAAGACUCUGGCUCGGCUGAAGAAACUGGAGUACGGGAGCUGUGAUGGUACCAAGAAACUAGACUUCAGUAACUGCGUCGGCGGAGCAAAGAAACUGGACUAUGCCAGUUUCGAAGUGGCACCUUUCCCUUACACCCUGAUGCAGAAACGAGGCUCGCGUGAGCCUACUGGCAAAGUGGAAGAAACUAACGAGUAGUUCUGCCUUCGUCUCGUAUCUAUUGUCUAGAAAUCAUAUUUGAGUGCUUGUCCUAAAGGAUGUUGAUGACCAGAAGGGACUCAUGUAGCCAAAAUUUUGGUUGACUUUUGGAUAUGUCUGGCACUGGUUAUUAACGAAUGGCUCCUCCUCUCUUAAUUGUACUCUGCUGAUAUUGUCACCAUUUAAUCUGUCUCUAUCCAAAGACUAAAAUCGCUCUCUUUAUUUCAAUAAGUUUGUUAUCUUAUUUUACCGAAAUUGCAUGAUAAGGCAUAUAAUAAAUACAGUCAAUAUACUUUAGCUAAACAGGAAUGAGAGAAAUAGCCUACUAUUCAUCAUAAUCUGGUCAAAUGCUCGCUGUCUGGAGAAGGGUUGAUGUGUUGUUUAAAUGUUUUAAUAUCUGACUUUCAUUCAUCUGUUUAUUUUAUGCUCUGAUAUAAUGUGCUUUUAUCAUUAGUAGUUUGCUUGUCCUCCUGAUGUUUUCCACAUUGAAAAUGCAUCUGAGUAGAAAACAACACAAAACACACUAGCAAAACAUGAAUCUUAGUAGGAAACAACACAAAACACACUAGCAAAACAUGAAUCUUAGUAGGAAACAACACAAAACACACUAGCAAAACAUGAAUCUUAGUAGGAAACAACACAAAACACACUAGCAAAACAUGAAUCUGAGUAGAAAACGACACAAAACACACUAGCAAAACAUGAAUCUUAGUAGGAAACAACACAAAACACACUAGCAAAACAUGAAUCUGAGUAGAAAACAACACAAAACACACUAGCAAAACAUGAAUCUUAGUAGAAAACAACACAAAACACACUAGCAAAACAUGAAUCUUAGUAGGAAACAACACAAAACACUAGCAAAACAUGAAUCUUAGUAGGUAACAACACAAAACACACUAGCAAAACAUGAAUCUUAGUAGAAAACAACACAAAACACACUAGCAAAACAUGAAUCUUAGUAGAAAACAACACAAAACACACUAGCAAAACAUGAAUCUUAGUAGGAAACACAAAACACACUAGCAAAACAUGAAUCCUAAGCUUCUCCCAGAGUGCAUUUGGCAGUGUUUGUGUCUUUUGUGUUGUAUGGUAUGACAUAUUUUUUAUUUGUAUUUAUACAUAGCAUAUUUAUACACAGGAUUUCAUGCAAUAUAACAUUGUUACAACACGUUUUCUGAAAUUUUGCUUGAACUUUUGGGCCUCCCGAGUGGCGCAGCGGUCUAAGGCACACCACCGCAGUGCUAGAGGGGUCACUUCAGACCCGAGUUCGAUCCCGGGCUGUAUCACAACCGGCCGUGAUCGGGAGUCCCAAAGGGCGGUGCACAAUUGGCCCAGCGUCGUCCAGGUUAGGGGAGGAUUUGGCCAGGGUAGGCCGUCAUUGUAAAUAAGAAUUUGUUCUUAACGGACUUGCCUAGUUAAAUAAAGGUUAAAAAAAAUAAACUGACGAGAACACAGUGCAUCUGAAAACUUCUCAUAAUACUUAUUUGACAACAAAGGAAUUGUUGUUUCUAACCCUUUGUGAAUAUUAAUGGUUUUGUCUUCUCAAUGUACUGUAUUAUCCGUUAUUCUUUGUUCUCACAAGUUAACUAUCAAGUCAAAAAAGCAAACCCAGAAUGGUGUUGAGUAGGAACUAUCAUUUUAACCAACGGAGAAAAAAUGCUAUGUGGUGGAUUAUGUGAAAACGAUAAGAUAGUUUUUUGUAUGUGGGACCAAAAAUUAAAGUGAAAUGGUCAUUCCAAAAUGA